AUGGCGGCCGUGCUACGUCCUGCGCCCGCACCGCUGGCCUUCAGACCCGUGAGCGGUCUGCCGGUGCGACGACCAGGCUCCGUGUCCUCGGGAAGUCCUCCACCGAUACAUCCCGUGGUGAGGAUGCUACCACCCUCCGGGGCGAGCACGCCGGCGCCGGAGGAGACCUGUCCGAGCUGUGGGAAUGCCUUUAUGCCCGAUGCCAUCUUCUGUCGCUACUGUGGACAGAAGAGGGAGGUGGAAACUCAGUCGGUGCAGUCCAUCAACUACAACUCACUCUUUUCAGGCCCCAUGAGCCCCAGCGAUGGCGUCAACGCCGCUUUCGACGGCGAGGUGGCCCCAGCACUGUACGGUGUUGGAUUUUCAGGCAGCGUUGCCCCUGCGUCUUCUCCAGCGGAGGUCUACACAUCGGUAGCUGCCGCAACGCCACUUUACAGCGGCAUCGUGUCAGGCCCUGCAACACCGUCAGCGACACCGGCUCCAGUGCGAUUCCUAGACCUGGGCAGCAGUCAAACUUAA